CCAUUAGGUGAAGGACGCGUCCUAGCCGGACCGGAAGCGGCGCCCUGUCAGGACCCGUAGGGGAGGUGUGGAGUCCGCGGUAGCGGCGGCGUCUGCUGUGGCGAGACUGCGCGGCGUCUGCCACGGAGGUGGCUCUGCAGCGGCUCACUCAGGCGGUAGGUCGUCGCUGCAGCCGCGGGGAAAGAAGGAGGAAACGACGAGAUUCUGGAGAGAGCCAGCGUCUCCCUUCUUGAUUUUUUCUCGGCCUUUGACAGUUGAUUCCUGGACUGAAAUGCAUGGUCAUGGAGGCUAUGACUCUGAUUUUAGUGAUGAGGAACAGUGUGGAGAAUCCAGCAAAAGGAAAAAGAGAACAAUUGAAGAUGACUUACUGCUUAAAAAGCCUUUUCAGAAAGAAAAACAUGGAAAAGUGGCACAUAAACAAGUUGCAGCCGAAUUGCUGGAUAGGGAAGAAGCAAGAAAUAGAAGAUUUCAUCUCAUAGCUAUGGAUGCUUAUCAAAGGCAUAAAAAGUUUGUAAAUGAUUAUAUUUUAUACUAUGGUGGCAAAAAAGAAGACUUCAGGCGUUUGGGAGAAAAUGACAAAACAGAUUUGGAUGUUAUACGAGAAAAUCAUAGAUUCCUAUGGAAUGAGGAGGAUGAAAUGGACAUGACUUGGGAGAAGAGACUUGCAAAGAAAUACUAUGAUAAAUUAUUCAAGGAAUACUGCAUAGCAGAUCUCAGUAAAUACAAAGAAAAUAAGUUUGGAUUUAGGUGGAGAGUAGAAAAAGAAGUAAUUUCAGGAAAAGGUCAGUUUUUCUGUGGAAAUAAAUGUUGUGAUGUAAAAGAAGGCUUAAAGAGUUGGGAAGUUAAUUUUGGUUAUAUUGAGCAUGGUGAAAAGAGAAAUGCACUUGUUAAAUUAAGGUUAUGCCAAGAAUGUUCCUGUAAAUUAAAUUUUCACCACAGGAAAAAAGAAGUCAAGUUAAAAAACAGAAAGGAUAAAACCAAAAAAGAUUGUGAAGAGUCAUCCCAUAAAAAAUCCAGAUUAUCUUCUGAAAAAGAAACCUCCAAAAAAAAGGACAAAGGACGUUCGUCCUCCAAGAAGUCAGAAGAUUCUAUAAAUAGAAACUCUGAUGAAGAAGAAGGUGCUUCAGAAUCUGAACUUUGGAAGGGCCCACUCCCAGAAACAGACGAAAAGUCACAGGAAGAAGAAUUUGAUGAGUAUUUUCAAGAUUUGUUUUUGUGAGACAUGAGAGAGAAGCCUACAUUCCUUAAUGGAAAAUAUGCUUUGAAACUCUUUAUGAAGUUUUAUCUGCAAGUUCCGGGUUGAAUGGUUUGUCUUUGGAAAUAAACAUCCAGCUACUCACAGGAUGUCAGAUGCUUUGGAAGUUUGUUGGUUCUGUUAGAGACAGAUUACUGUAUAGUGUAGUGUGGCACCAUCCAUGAAGCCACCUGAGAACACCAAGUCACUUAAAAAACCAAUACGUAAUUUUCAAAGUACUGUUUUCUUCAAUAGCGGAUUAUUUGCCAAAUAUUGUUAAGAAAUAUAGAAUGUAUCUUUAAAUUCUAUGGAAAUAUGUGGAAAGGAGAAAAUUUUAUGCAUUCCCCCCUCCCCCCAUUUCUUUUAACUUCAUAUGAAUUCCCUCAUUAAGAAAACUAUGUGACGUAUUCUCAAAAGUAGAAUAUACGAAUUCCUGGUGGGGAGAAUCCCCAGGAGAAUACAGUUUUUCCAUUACAAUACCUCAAUCUUAAAUGUGGCUCUUUGUAGGAAAAAGUGGAAAUACAGUGGUACAGUUCUGUUUGGCUUCUCCUUAACAAUGGGGAUCUCUGAGGAGAAGCAAGAAUUGGAGAGAGAUUUUGAGAUAGCAGAAAUUUUUUCUCCACUCUAAAACCACAAAUCACCUAUUUUUAGCCAUCCUCUUUCCCUGCUCUAAAGUUCAGAGAAUCAGAUUCACAAAAUAUUUUCUUAGAGUCUUUCUAGGGAGUAUAUUCUUAACAAUCAUUAAUCUUCUUGGUUCUUCCAGACAUUUAAAUUGUAUGAUGAAAAAAACAGUAAGGCUUUUUCAUCAUGGGAGCAUUGUCUGUAUGAUGCAUCAGUGGGAAUGGCUUAUAAUAACAGAAUUAUUGAUCUGGCUAAUUCUCUUUAAAAAUAGGCUUAUACAGAACUUACUUUUAUAGUUUAUGAUCAUUUAACAAUAAAUCUCUUCUAGAAAUUUCUGAUUCUGUACCAUUUGUGGAAAGAGGAGAUAGAAGCAGUUGGUUCAGACUUCCCCUUAGUUACCUAGACUCCCAAAUUGCCCACCCAAAUAAAACAGCAUGAAGAAGAACCAGCGUUGAAAAGAAAUGAGAGGUGAGAAUGAAGCGGUAUAUGAAGAGCACUUUUCCCAUCCUUAUAUAUCUUUUCGUUUGCUUAUCGUUUCAUCUGUAGCUUUUAGAGGAUGAAGCUAAUAAUCUGAACAGUGAUUCCAUUGUUCCUGUAUUUUUUAGGUUUUUAAAAUAGAUUCGUAUUUAUUUUCCCUUACCUCAAUUAGUUUAAAUUACUAGAAUUAUUGGGGGUUCUACAAAAAUUGUAAAGUAGAUUAUGUCUUUAAAGUCUUUGUUUCUCUCUUUGAUACAUUGGCAACCCCUCUUUUAAGCACUUUCUUUCUCCAUUACCACCUUUUCUGGCUGCCUUUUUUUCUGCUUGCCUUUCUCUUGGUGCCUUCUCACCUUUACCACUUAAGGGAAUUUGUUAUAAUUAAAUUUGACUUUCCAGUCUGUGGGUAAUUUACUGUGAAGUAAAUUAAUACCACAGGGACCAGAUGGGGUCCCAGUAGUCUAAAAUAAUGGAUUUGUUCAUAAAAUUUGACUCCCCAACAGAGAUUAUGCAGAAAUUAAUUAGAUAAUUUAAUCAAAUAACACUGUGUGCAUGGAGUUUCUUUCAGAUGUAGUUCUGCAAAUAUGGAUUUACUUAUAUACAGGGAUAUAUUACAAAAUAUGUAACUUCUUAACUUGGUACCUCCAAGGUACCUUGGGCAUAUUUCAGGAGAUACAAGCACUCUUAAAAUCUCUGUGUACUAUUUUGUGUAUAUAUGUAUUUUUUGAGGAAAAUGCCCAUAGCUUUCAUCAAAUUUUCGAUAAGAUUUAUUCAUAAAAAAAAAAAGUAAAGACCCAUUUUUAUAAAGAGGAGGUAGAUGGCUAGGUAGUGGAGAAGACACGUGGCUUGGUGAAUAAGACAGUAUUUAGAAAAUAAUCAUAGCAUUCCCAGUUAUUUUAUUGAAGAUAUACUGUUGUAAAAUGGAAUGAUUGCCAUUAAAGUGAAAAAUAAGUAAUUUAGUAUCUUAUUUUAAAAUGGUUAGUGUCAGAGAUUUUUCUUUUAUUGAAUAGUUGUUAUUCAUUAAUUCAACAAAUAUUUAUCAGGUGUCCAUUAUGUGUGAGGCACUGUACUGGACAUUACUAUAAAGGAAUUAUCGAGAAGAAUAACAAAUUAUGUAACCAUUUCUCAACUUCUACCAGAAAACAGUACAUCAUUGUUGGUUUAUUAUUAAACUUUGAACAUCCUCUCAUUUCUUUAAAGAAAUUAUUUUUCCUCUUACAAUCUAUCGUGAGUGAAAAGGCACCUUAAUUUUUUAGAAAAACAUGUUAGAAAUGUCCAGCAGCUUAAGGGGUAGUAAGUUUCUGUCUAGGGUUAAAAAAAAACAACUUUUGAAACUGGAUAGUGAUAGUGGCUGUACAACAUGGUGAAUGUAAUUAAUGGAAUUUAAAAAUGUCUGAUUUUUUGUUAACGUAUAUUGUACCACAAUAAAAAAAUUUUUUAGAUUGUCUCCUAGAUACUUCUCAAAAAAUAAAUAAAAAGAAAUGUCCAGCUGCAAAAUUGUGAUAUUAGUAAUAUAUUUAGUUAAGACAUUUUUAUGAUAAAAUAUAUAUAUAUUAAUGGUAGUCGGAAAAUAAAGUUCCUGAAAAAUUAAAUGCAUGACUAGGAAGAAUAUCUAAAGACCUUUUUAAAGUGGAUUCAUAUAUUUAGUAUUAUAAGUAUGGUUUAUGGUACCAAGUUAGGCCAUUAUGUUUAAUCACAACACUUAAUCCAUUCAUAUACAAUGACAAUGGGAGCGAUAUAUUUAAGGAGUCUUUGAAAAGGCGUCUGUGAUGAUUAGUUUAAAAGUUAAUUUUCCAGCAUGCCUAUCUCAAACUUUGCUAAAGUUUAGUGCAGUCAGGGGUGUUCAGUAAACUCUGGGGCAUUUAAAGUUAAGCUUUUCUUAUGACCUUGCUCUUAAGCAAAGUUCAUAUUUUGUUAGACCUUCAGUGAUGGCAUGUCUCUGCCCGCAGUUCGUUUCUCGUGAAUGAGGAGGGGAGGCUGCUUGAGCUGACUGAUACUUUUUGGUCCAAAAGUGCAUAAGGCUAAAGGAAUAAAGUUUUUAUGUGGUUUCAAAAGAUCCUAGGAGAGGAGCUUAAAAAUUAUUUUAAGCAGUGGAAAUAAGGGAGUGCGCCCACUU